UCUUUACACACCUCCUCCUGUAACGCUUCCAAGGUUUGAAGUUUCAUCAAAAGGAACUAAAGAUAAUCUGGUAAGAGGUGGCAAAACCAAAGAUAUUCUUGUUCACUUAUUGUGGUCUCAACAAGCUGACAUGAAACUCUCACCACUUAUUCUGCUUUUGGCCAUUCUAAAUGCUGAAUUGAUUGAAGUCCUUGGUACAAGCUUAAGGUCACAGCGGUUUAAAGGACGUGUUCAGCGUGACCGAAGAAACAUCAGGCCCAACAUUAUUCUCAUCAUCACAGACGAUCAAGAUGUGGAGCUUGGUUCCCUUCAGGUGAUGAACAAAACCAGAAGACUCAUGGAGCAAGGGGGUGCUCAUUUCACCAAUGCCUUUGUAACCACUCCAAUGUGCUGUCCAUCACGAUCUUCCAUGCUGACAGGAAAGUACGUCCACAAUCACAAUACGUACACAAACAACGAGAAUUGCUCCUCACCUUCGUGGCAGGCUACGCAUGAAACACGCACAUUCGCUGUGUUUCUAAACAACACAGGCUACCGAACAGCAUUCUUUGGGAAAUACCUCAAUGAAUAUAAUGGCAGCUACAUCCCACCAGGCUGGCGAGAGUGGGUUGGACUUAUAAAGAAUUCCCGUUUUUAUAACUACACCCUCAGUCGGAACGGGUUUAAGGAGAAGCAUGGAUUUGAUUAUUCCAAGGAUUACUUUACCGAUGUGAUCACCAACGACAGUAUCAAUUAUUUCCGCAUAUCCAAGAAGACAUAUCCACACAGGCCUGUUCUCAUGGUCAUCAGUCAUGCAGCACCCCAUGGCCCAGAGGAUUCGGCUCCACAAUUUUCAGAGCUCUUUCCCAAUGCCUCACAGCACAUUACACCUAGCUAUAACUAUGCUCCAAACAUGGACAAACACUGGAUUAUGCAGUUCACAGGAGCUAUGAGGCCGAUCCAUAUGGAAUUCACCAAUAUCCUCCAGAGAAAGAGACUGCAGACACUUAUGUCAGUUGAUGACUCGGUGGAUAGGAUAUUUCAGAUGCUUGCAGAGACUGGGGAACUGGACAACACCUAUGUCAUCUAUACUGCAGACCAUGGUUACCACAUUGGGCAAUUUGGACUGGUAAAGGGAAAGUCAAUGCCAUAUGACUUUGAUAUCCGGGUUCCUUUCUUUGUUCGUGGACCAAAUGUGGAACCAGGGUCAAUUAUUCCUCAGCUGGUUCUGAAUAUUGACCUCGCUCCCACCAUCUUGGAUAUUGCAGGACUUGAUGUUCCACCAGAUAUGGACGGCAAGUCUAUACUGAAACUAUUGGAAUCUGAGAAACCAAGGAACAGAUUCCGUUCAAAUAAAAAGGCUAGGAUUUGGCGUGACACAUUCCUCAUUGAGAGAGGCAAGUUACUCCGUAAGAAAGAAGAGGGAGCUGGUGAUGCGCAACAAACCAAUUACCUCCCUAAAUAUGAAAGAGUGAAAGAAGUGUGCCAACAGGCAAAGUACCAGACAGCCUGUGAACAACCAGGGCAGAAGUGGCAGUGUGUCGAAGAUGCUACAGGAAAACUUCGACUCCACAAGUGCAAAGGGACAACAAAAAUGCCAGCUGGCAGCAAGAAAAGUAAAAACCUGCGCACUCAGACCUACAGCAGUAAGGAUUGUGAGUGCUCAGAGAGUAGCUACAGGAUGAGUCCAUCUGAGAGAAGAAACCAGAGACAGUUCCUCAGGAUCCACACGACUCACAAAUUUAAACCUCGCUUCAUUCAUACUCGGCCAAUCCGCUCAGUUUCAGUUGAAUUAGAAGGUGAGAUUUAUGACAUUGACCUGGAAAUUAAAGAACUCAAGUCACUGAUGGCAAAAAAUAUGAGCGCAGCCUAUUCACGAGAGAAAACCCUGGCUGAAGAGGAAGACGAGAACAAGGACAUGAUUACUGAGGAUGGCAGAAAGGCUGAUGCAUCGCUGCUAGAUUCAGUCAAGGUCACACACAAGUGUUUCAUUCUUGCCAAUGACACAGUGCAUUGUGAGAAAGAGCUGUACCAGUCAGCUAGAGCAUGGAAGGACCACAAGAGUUACAUAGACAAAGAGAUUGAAGCUCUUCAAGACAAAAUAAAGAAUCUGAGAGAAGUGAGAGGCCACCUAAAAAGAAAGAAACCUGAGGAAUGUGACUGCAACAGAAAGAGUUAUUUUAGUAGAGAUAAAGGAAUGAGAAACCAAGGAAAACUGAAGAACAAGAACAAUCAUCUCCAUCCCUUUAGGGAAGUGGCUCAGGAGGUAGACAGUAAACUGCAACUGUUUAAGGAGAAUCGGAGAAAGAAGAAAGAUCGUAAAAUAAAGAAACGCUUGAGAAAGGGAGAUGACUGUAGCCUACCUGGUCUGACCUGCUUCACACAUAAUAAUGACCACUGGCAAACACCACCUUACUGGAACUUAGGAUCCUUCUGUGCUUGUACAAGUUCUAACAAUAACACUUACUGGUGUUUGCGAACCAUCAAUGAGACUCACAACAUCCUCUUCUGCGAAUUUGCCACAGGUUUCCUUGAAUAUUUUGACAUGAACAGUGAUCCAUAUCAACUGACGAAUACCGUACACAUGGUAGAACGGGAAGUUCUUAAUCAGUUGCACGUUCAGUUAAUGGAGCUUAGAAGUUGCCAAGGACACAAACAGUGCACUCCACGGGCUAAAGGUGUGGAAUCAGCAGAGGGCAGCUAUGGGAUGGAUGGGAAGGCUAAUCCAAUUAAACUGCCAAACUUCACAGAAUAUAUCAACUGGGAAGGACUUGAAAGCUUGUACAGUGUGGAUGAAAGCUUGUUUGAACACAGGCCUAAUUUUAGCCUUAGCUUUGGAGACUGGACUAAUUACUGGAAGGAUGUAGAUAGAACAUUUGCACUGUUGAAGACUUUUUCUGGACACAUUAAAACUUCUGAGCCCAUUGCAUUGACUAAGGGCGGGACUCUUGAUUUAUUGACCAUUGACACCACAGCACUGGACAUGGCAUCUACUGCAUCGCCUCUUUUGGAAAAUGUGUUUUCUACUGAGCCAGAGGGUGAAUCUAGUGGCCUGACUGUAUGGGAGAUAAAAGAAGAACAACCUGCCGUACUUAUAGACUCCAUGAACACAAUCCUAAAUUUUACAAGUGGCAACAGCGCUAAGGAGAAAGUGUUAAAUUACAAUCGCAUACCAGAUAAGCAUUUUUCAAAUUCUGAACGGUGGAGACAUAAUCGAACACAAGAACUGAUAAAAGAAUGGGUAGAGCUAGAAAAUGAUCUGGGUGUCAGUGGAAAUGGCCUGAUGGAGAUUGAGACCAGAAACAGCUUCUUACUACAGCCAAGUAAUGUGCUUCCAUCACCUAGCAAUCAGAAUGAAGUACAGGAUGAGAAGCUGAACAUCUUUGAAGAUCAAACGUACCUUCCUGCUGGUUCUGUUGGUCAGUUUUAUCGUCAAGCUGGCACAAUUCCUCGUGAAGCCAGUGUCAGCAGCAAUGAGAGUUCGGCAAGUGACCAACUUCAGGAAGAGCCCCCAAACAGUGGAGAAGGAAUUCAAGGGAAUUUCAGCAUAGAAGGCAGUGCCUUUCCCCCACCGUCCUUUCCUUAACUUACAACCCAUUCAUUAUUUAUUUGGACAGCUAGUAAUAACGGUUUGAUUUUUUUUAAGGAACAAUUUAUAUUGUGAGGCCUAAGCAAAACACAUUCCACUUCCAUUGGAGAUAGGUUUUAAUGACAGACCAACAUUGGCAGAAAUAUCACAAUUUUAUUUUAGCAGUGUCAUCUGGAAUGAGGGAACAAUAAGCUUAUAUUCCUCUUUUAAUUGAGCUCUUUUACAGUUCUUUAUAUAGAUAUGUAUUUAAAUGUUCAGUAUUAUGUAACCAGGAUCAAAAUGUCUCAAGGUGCAGCAAGAAAUUCUCCAAGCUUUCUCUAGUGUUCAGCCUGUAAAAAUGUCAUUGGUUUGGCCACUCGUGCAGAGUCUCAUGAUUGUGAGACUUCCGUUCCAAAAAGCCUCAUUGUACACGUUAAUUCACCAUCAACAAUGUAAAAGUACAGCAGUGUUUUCUUCUUACAAAGUUUUUUGCACUUUCAUCAUUCUUCACAAAAUAUUUGCAGAAUUUGGCUGCCAAGUGUGGAUGUAUUAACAGUGCAGAGCAUUGGCUCAGUAAGUUUUUUUUUUGAGCUGAUCAUUUUAGCUGUAAUGUGUAAAGGAAUUUUUAUUCUGCGUUCUUCACACUAAUGUGCUGUUACUUAUCAGUUGUUUUUUUUUCUAAAAUAUUUUAGAAUUGUUAUUUUUGCCUUUGCUUUUUUUUUAACCUUUGCCUGUUUUGAACCUCUUUUGAAUGAACGAACAAGGCAAAGUCAAAGUGCUGUAUUUUCUUUCAUUUCAUUACUUUUUCCCAUUUGCUGUCACACAUGCACACAUAAUAGGACACAAUAUUUAAAGGGAUAUUGUACAUCUGAAAAUGUUUUGCAAAUUCACUUUGUUGGCUGAGGGGCAAGAAUUAUCUGUCACUUUUAUCUUGACAACAUUAAGUGCACCUGUAAUAAUAGAACAUAGAACAUUACAGCACAGUACAGGCCCUUCGGCCCUCGAUGUUGUGCCGACCUGUCAUACCGAUCUCAAGCCCAUCUAACCUACACUAUUCCGUGUAUGUCCAUAUGCUUGUCCAAUGAUGACUUAAAUGUCCCCAAAGUUGGCGAAUCUACUACCGUUGCAGGCAAAGCGUUCCAUUCCCUUACUACUCUGAGUAAAGAAACUACCUCUGACAUCUGUCCUAUAUCUUUCACCCCUCAAUUUAAAGCUAUGCCUCCUCGUGCUCACCGUCACCGUCCUAGGAAAAAGGCUCUCCCUAUCCACCCUAUCUAACCCUCUGAUUAUUUUGUAUGUUUCAAUUAAGUCACCUCUCAACCUUCUUCUCUCUAAUGAAAACAGCCUCAAGUCCCUCAGCCUUUCCUCAUAAGCUCUUCCCUCCAUACCAGGCAACAUCCUAGUAAAUCUCCUCUGCACCCUUUCCAAAGCUUCCACAUCCUUCUUAUAAUGCGGUGACCAGAACUGCACACAAUACUCCAAGUGCGGCCGCACCAGAGUUUUGUACAGCUUCACCAUAACCUCUUGGUUCCGGAACUUGAUCCCUCUAUUAAUAAAAGCUAAAACACUGUAUGCCUUCUUAACAGCCCUGUCAACCUGGGUGGCAACUUUCAAAGAUCUGUGUACAUGGACACCAAGAUCUCUCUGCUCAUCUACACUAUUAAGAAUCUUACCAUUAGCCCUGUACUUUGCCUUCUGGUUACUCCUACCAAAGUGCAUCACCUCACACUUGUCUGCAUUAAACUCCAUUUGCCACCUCUUAGCCCAGCUCUGCAGCUUAUCUAUGUCUCUCUGCAACCUACAGUAUCCUUCAUCACUAUCCACAACUCCACCGACCUUGGUGUCGUCUGCAAAUUUACUAACCCAUCCUUCUACGCCCUCAUCCAGGUCAUUUAUAAAAAUGACAAACAGCAGUGGACCCAACAGCGACCCUUGCGGUACACCACUAGUAACUGGUCUCCAGGAUGAACAUUUCCCAUCAACUACCACCCUCUGUCUUCUUUCCAGCAAGCCAAUUUCCGAUCCAAACUGCUAUGUCUCCCACAAUUCCAUUCCUCCGCAUUUUGUACAAUAGCCUAUUGUGGGGAACCUUAUCGAAUGUCUUGCUGAAAUCCAUAUACACCACAUCAACCAGUUUACUCUCAUCUACCUGUUUGGUCACCUUCUCAAAGAACUCAAUAAGGUUUGUGAGGCACGACCUUCCCUUCACAAAACCGUGCUGACUAUCCCUAAUCAAUUUAUUCUUUUC